AUGGGUGAUAACAUGAACUGGUUUGUUGAGAUGACCCACAAAUUUUUGGUCCUGUUGUCUGAGCAGGCGAAAACUGCGCACGGUACUUUAAUUAAAACAGCAAAUUACCAGGAAAUGUUGGACGACAUAUCAUCAUUGGCUGGGAGGAGACUCAACGUCACACAACUAACCUCUAAGUACUUUUGCCUGCAAAGAGUAUAUCAAGCAUGGCGGAAAUUGCUACAACACAUGGGGUUCAGGUGGGAUCACGGGUCGCAAAGUCCAACGUGUCCCGUAGAGGUUUGGGAAGAAUAUGUGAAGCAAAACCCACUGGCGCAACAAUUCUACCAUAAAGGACUUCCUCACAAGAACCUUUAUGAAAUCAUAUUUGAGAAGCAAACUGCCAUUGGGAGAUAUGUGUACAACUCUACAUCUCAACUGGUGGAGACCUCCAGUUAUUCCAAUCAGGGCGCGGUUCUCAUGGAUGAUAGUGACUUUGAACCUAAUCCAAAUCGGACGACAGGGGAAAAAUAG